GCGCUCACUGCAAAACUACACUAUCUUUUCUGUCGAUAGAAUCUGUACCUUCUGUCAAAGAAAUAGUGAUCCGGCCUGGGAGUUCUUCCCGGAUAAAUAGUAAGCUCAAAAUAAAUAUGCAAAUUGUCAUAAAGUACUGAAUAAUUAUGUUUGACAUAGACUACAAAGUUAUUUUUUCUUACAAAAAUUUACAAGCACAAAUGUGCCUUGAGAAAAGGGAUCUCUAUUUUAUCGAAUAAUAAAAUGGCGGCAUAUCUAGUGACAACUCACAUUCAGUGCAAAUUUACAAACUAUCAUCGUAGGUCGUUGGAUUAAGAAUGCACUGUUCGGACCAUUUUGGGAAUCUUAUCAACAACCUAAACAGACUUUUGCACGUAACCUCCUACCAUUGAGUUUAAGUGAAUGGUAAGACUUCCACCUUUGAUCCGAGCCACGCGUUUUUGUUUAUCCAAUAGCUUGCGAUAAUAGUUUACAAGUUUGCAUUGAAUGAAGAUUUUUAUGGGAUACAUCUCCAAGAAAAAUAUAUAGACGGCGGAUGAUUUUUUUGCAACUAAACACUGAAGUUCUGCCAAAAUUUUAGUAAAACAUUCCCGAGCGGCCCAGCCUACCAGCACGAGCCAACAAGAAGUACCACUCACACACCGGCCCAUCUGCUUCCGGAGCCUGGACUCAAGGCCCAGAAGUGCCUCCGGCUUAUCGCUUCAUGGUUGGGCCGGCAGGAGCCUAGCCCGUCUCCAAAUGUCCGCCCAAAUUGUACCGAUGUUUUCCCCUGUCAUCUGUCUGAUCGGAUCGAGCCGUGACAUACCCGUGACCACCUGAGCAAUGAGCAUGCACCCCUCGUGAAUUCUGUCCAAUCGAUGUAAACAUCACUGUUCUCUACCUAGAUUCGGACACUGGUCAUUUUGGCUGACUUUGGAAAAAAGCAGCCCGCUCCACUUGUUCUGGCUCCGUGUUGUCAUGGUGUGUCUGGUGCUCAGCAUGCGCGAGAAUGUCGUGCGGUAAGUUGGCCUGCAGGGGUGGUUUCCCGAGCUACGCGAAGGGGACCAUCAAGUCAACAAAGGAGCCCAGAGAAAAUUACCGGAUGCAUUUUCUAGGUUGCCCCAGGAGUAGAAUUCAGUCAGGCCAGAGGCGACACAUCCUCUUGAACAACCAGCCAGCGGUCGGUCCCUGACUAUGACACCGUGAAGACACUGAUGAGGCAAUGAUCGCUAUUUGGUGGUCUAUGAUGGUACAUUCGAUCGGUUCAAUGGCUCGAGCGCCUCCGGAUAUUGGUAGGCCACAUUCCUUUCUGGACACAGAGUGCCAAAUUGCCAAUCCCUGCUUAUCCACCACAAAACCUUUCCAGAUCCAGCUUCUAUUCUGCUCAAUUAGUUUCCACAUUUCCUUCAGAUACAAUUACACACAGAGUUACCAAGCCGGGCCAUGGGUAUCCAUUUCCAGCGUCGUUAAUUCAGGAAGGGCGACCGCGAUUUCCGCGUCGGGGAGAAAGUUUGCGCGAUCCGCGUCCAAUAGAGGCCGGACAAAAUCGCGAUGGCAACGGGACGAAAGAGGAAACAAAAGAUUCUCUCGCACCAGUCCGCAGAGGAUCAGCGUGCACGAUUCAACAAACAGUCAACACCGAUAGAGAAGGAACGGAAGGCCCGCAAGCCGCAGCUACGUACGUCGUCGCGGCUCGCGCGCCGUAUAAUCCCCCCGCGCCAUUCUUGGCUCAUUCAAUUUCCCUUUCCUGCCUGCCUUUGUCUGUCUUCCCCUUUCCUGCGACCUGCGAAGCGGCGCGGCGCAGCGCAAUGGCGGUGCACCACUCCCUCCAGGUGGUCGACGGCCGCUGCGACGACGACGGGAGCCCGCCCCGCAACGGGACGGCGUGGACGUGCGCGGCGCACAUCAUCACGGCGGUGAUCGGGUCCGGGGUGCUGUCGCUGGCGUGGAGCGUGGCGCAGCUGGGGUGGGUGGCCGGCCCAGCGUGCAUGCUCUGCUUCGCCGUCGUCACCUACAUCUCCGCCUCGCUCCUCUCCGACUGCUACCGCUGCCACGACCCCGAAAAGGGGCCCCGGAACCGCUCCUACAUGGACGCCGUCCGCGUCUACCUCGGCAAGAAGCGGACCUGGGCAUGCGGCUCGCUGCAGUACCUGAGCCUGUACGGCUGCGGCGUCGCGUACACCAUCACCACCGCCACUAGCAUCAGGGCGAUCCUGAAGGCCAACUGCUACCACGCGCACGGGCACGACGCGCCCUGCAGGUACAAUGGAAACUUCUACAUGCUCAUGUUCGGCGGGAUGCAGCUUCUCCUCUCAUUCAUACCGGACUUCCACGACAUGGCCUGGCUCUCGGUCGUCGCCGCCAUCAUGUCCUUCUCCUACUCCUUCAUCGGCCUCGGCCUUGGCUUUUCCAGCACCCUUUCUAAUGGUGUUAUCAAAGGAAGCAUAACGGGUGUCCCAAUGAGAACCCCUGUUCAGAAGAUAUGGCGCGUCGCGCAAGCCAUCGGGGACAUUGCAUUCGCGUACCCGUACUCCUUAAUCCUCCUAGAAAUUCAGGACACACUGAAGUCACCACCAGCAGAGAACAAGACGAUGAAGAAGGCGUCGAUCAUCUCGAUCCUCGUCACCACCUUCUUCUACCUCUGUUGUGGCUGCUUCGGCUACGCCGCCUUUGGGAGCGACGCGCCGGGGAACCUCCUCACCGGCUUCGGCUUCUACGAGCCCUACUGGCUCAUCGACUUCGCUAAUGCCUGCAUCAUCGUCCACCUGCUAGGUGGCUACCAGGUGUACAGCCAGCCGAUCUACCAGUUCGCGGACAGGUUCUUCGCGGAGCGGUACCCGGAGAGCGGGUUCGUGAACGACUACCACGCCGUGAAGGUGCCGCUGCUGCCGUCGUGCAGGGUGAACCUGCUGCGGGUGUGCUUCCGGACGCUGUACGUCGGGAGCACGACGGCCGUGGCGCUCUUCUUCCCCUACUUCAACGAGGUGCUGGCGCUGCUGGGCGCGCUCAACUUCUGGCCGCUCGCCAUCUACUUCCCCGUGGAGAUGUACUUCAUCCAGAGGAACGUGCCCCGCUGGUCCUCCAGGUGGGUCGUGCUCCAGGGGUUCAGCGCCGUCUGCCUGCUCGUCAGCGCUUUCGCGCUCGUCGGCUCCAUCCAGGGCGUCAUCAGCCAGAAGCUAGGCUAGCAUGCAUAUAUCAGGGUGUGGGUGCUCGGAUUCUCUUCUUCGGUUUUGUUGGAUUGCUUUCUAGCUAGUGUAAUGGUCAUGGAGAAUGUCACUACUGUGCUAUACUAUAGUAAUUGCCAGUUGGGGAGCAUUAGCUUUGUUUCUCCCUGGUGGAUGGUGAAUUUGGUGAUGAACAAGAACAAGGUACAAGCAUUUUGUAUCUGCUGGAUCGGGGGUGGCGCAACGUUUUCAGCGCCUUUAGUACUCUCUCUCUGGCUUCUGCAAUGGAGUGAAAUCUGUACACAUGUUAGAUUGUCAGGAAACUUGAGAAGAAUUUGAAGGAUCCUGUUUCUGUGCUU